AUGUUUCCACUAACCACUGGGUCUUGCUUUGGAUAUCCAGAUGUGCUGUUCAUGAAAAAGCUGAAACAGCAGAAGUGUGUGCAUCCAAACUCUACAUCUGCAAUGGAAAAUUUAAGCCUGGCUGCCAAUCAUUCAGAAUGUUUCGCAGCCGACAGCGCGGGGAGACAGAGGUCGUUUCUGUUUUUCUACCUGGGUAUCAUCAUCACCUCCAUACCGUCCAACGCCUUUGCCCUUUACGUAUCCUGGAAGCACAUCAGACAGAAGAACGAGCUGGGCGUCUAUCUAUUCAACCUGGCGCUGAGCGACCUGACCUUCACAAUGGGUCUUUCUCUGUGGAUGGAAUUCCUCUGGCGAGGCAUUUGGGUCCAUGGGGGUUUUGUAUGUCUGCUUUCCAUCUACAUCCUCUUCACUAACUUCUACACCAGUGAUGCCCUGCUCUGCUGCAUUGCCUUUGACCGCUACCUGGCAGUGGUUCAUCCUUUUAAAUUCACAUCCUUGAGGAAAGUCAGCACUGCGGCGGCGGUCAGUGUCACCAUUUGGAUGUUGGUAAUCUGUUUCAAUGCCGCCACCAUCACCUGGGAGGACGCCUACUACGAAAACGAUAAGGUGGUGUCAUGUUUUGAUAUGUUGCUUCCGCUGUCUGAGAAAUCAGCUCGGGCUAACAUAGUCCGAUUCCUCCUGGGGUUCCUCGGUCCGGUUCUCUUGAUGAUAUACUCCACCUGGAGGAUCCGUAAAGCUGUGACAUCCAACCAAGCGACAGAUGAUGAGGAGCGUAAGCGUAACGCAAAGCUCCUAGGAGUGGCACUUCUCUGCGUUGUGCUCUGCUUCGGCCCGGUCCACAUCAUCAUGUUUCUUCGCACGUUUUUGGAAGACUGCAGGGCGAUUACGAGUCUCCUCUACCCCUACAAGAUCAGCAUCGCCAUGUCAAACUUCAACUGCCUUGUGGAUCCGCUGCUUUACUGCUUCAUAACUCGAGCUGGCAAAGCAAAAGUCAAUCAGGUGGUCCUCUACUGCCAGAGAAAGAAGAGAAGCAACGAUCAAAGUGCGGAAUAG